GCAGACGUACCCACAUCGGCGCGUCUGUUGUGUCGUCUGUUAGCUGCUAGCUUGUUACGAUAAGUCUCUCCACUGAAAGGAGUUCGCUGGUUUAUUGUGUGAUGGUUCGCUAAAAAAUACAACAAAAAUGGCGCUUUCGAUGGAAACGCAGCUGCAGAGCAUCUUUGAGGAUGUUGUGGUAAUUUAAAUCUUACUGUUUGCGUUAAACUCCAACAUUAGUCAGCAGUUCAGACUACAUAAUAAGCUGUAUUUAAUGUUCAGGGUGUUAUACUGUUAAAUAGUCCAAACUGAAAUACAUUUGCUACCAAACCUUUCAUUAUGUUAAUGCUGUAAAGCCGUCAUUGGGUUCGAUUUAAUGAAUUAAUAGCUCUUGAUACGAAUAAUUACAAAUAAAGUAAACCAUAUCUGAGAGCCCAGGUUCACAUUUUUUGUUCCACAAUAAAAUAUUUUAUUUACGAAGGGCUUUCGUUUACAAACCAAGUGCUUCUUUAUUUUGCUACAAUAACAAUGUUAUUAUAGCAGAAUUAUCCUUGUCAAUUGAUUCAAACAGACAGAUUUUUUAGUGGGAUAUCACAAGAAAAACAUGGACUGAUAGAACAACAGACAGAUACAAAGGAAUUAUUCAUUUCAUCCCAUUAAAUCUCAUUUUACAUUUGUUUCUCUCCUCUUACCACAGAAAACUGAGAUGAUUGAAGAGGCUUUUGCAGGGUAAGGCAUCUUGCAUUAUGUUCAUGCCAGCCCUGAUAUUGUUUGUUUACAUUUUUUUCCAUUGCAAACACGUUUUUCAAAACUGCACACACAAAUAACUAAACCCUGGCAUCCCUUUUCAAAACAACUCUUUGCUAUUACAUCUCUUAACAUGUUCACAAAAUGGAACUCAGCCAUAUUUUCACUUGACACACACACACACACACACACACACACACACACACACACAUACCAUUCAUUGAAUAAACACAACUAAGCUUUUGGCUGAACACCACCAAGCAUGUACAGAACACUGAAGAGCAAAAUUGAAAACACAAUUAUAGAAAUGAAACACAAAAUGAAUGAAUGAUAAAUUAUCUCUGGUAAAUGAACUAGUUCCUUUUUUGUAAAAUGACCCAGUGUAUGCCCACUUCUCUUAUAGACAAACAUAAAACAGCACACACAUUUUCAGACAAAACAUUUUACUGUAGGUUUAAACAAAUCUCAUUGGAGACUCGGAUUCUCCUUCUUUCUCUUGCUUCUCCUUGUUGUCCUCCUCCUUCACCUUCUUGUCCUCCUCCUCUUCCUCCUCUGCCUACUCCCUGUCCUCCUCCUCCUCUCAUUCUUACCCCUCUCCUUCUCUUACUGUUGCCUCUAUGUUCUCCAUUGCUCAUCAAACAAAACAGAGGGUCAAGCCUUCUUUUUUUGCUUCAGUCUAAUAUUGCAAAUUGCUCGCAAGACCCGAAAGUUUAGAGAUUUGAAUAUUUGUGUGUUGUGGAUUGAUGCUUUGAGAUUUUAUGUGAGAAGUGUGUGUAAAAAAAUUGUGUGUUGUGUUUUGACAACAAGGUGAUGUGAAAUUGACAUCAGAGUGUAAAGAAGGAAAGUCAGAAUCUAAUGUGAUAAGAAAAUCUAAAGUAGUAACAAAUUGAGUCAAACGGUUGUGAAAAUUUUGCUUAAUUUUUGCUUUUUGUGUUUUAGCAAUCGAAAAAAAAUGUAUUAGGUCUGAUAGUUGGACAGCAGAUACGAGUCUGUAAUGUUAAUGCCUAUUGCAUUCUGUGACUCAGUUUCAAUGAUAAUAGGACAUAAAUAAAAUAAUAAAGGCUUAAAUAUCAUCCGUGUUCGAUCUCAGGAUGUUUAUGGACACACCGGAAGAUGAGAAGACUAAACUGAUCAGCUGUCUUGGAGCCUUCAGUCACUAUUUGGGAACACUACCACAGGUUAGUGUACAAAUAGAAACUGAAUGCACACACCGGUUUUUGACAUAAACGAUUGUGUGUAUGUUUCGUAACAUCUGUGAAUUUCUGCAGGAGUCUCAUGAACAGUGUGUGCAGUGGGUGGUGCGGUUCAUACACAGCCAGCACAGUCCCAAGAGGAUUUCCUUUCUGUAUGAUUGUCUUGCAAUGGCUGUGGAGACCAGUCUGUUAACACCCAGGUAUGAAAACUCUCUUGGUUUGCAGUAUAACAAAGAUAUAAAGACAAACACGACACAUUGAUGUAUGUGGUUAACACCUUUAUCUCGUGUGUCUCUUUUUGCUUAAAGGAUGGUAUGUGUCGCUCUAAUAAGCUCAGACACCUUGGAGUGGGAGAGGACACAGUUGUGGGCGUUGACGUUCAAACUUAUUCGCAAGAUCAUUGGAGGGGUGGACUACAAGGUCACACAUACGCACUAGCUUAUUCAUAAAACAAUGGUUGAUUUCUUCAUGUCUUAAUCCAUGCCGCUUCUACCGACAAGAGAUUAAAUUAAUAUUCUUUUUUUUUUAAUUCAUGGAGAAUCUUUUGCUGAAAUCUCAACAUGUUUUGAGUCCAUAUGAAAGUACUCGCAUGUUAUCCAAAAUUUCCAGUGUUUUAAUUUCUCUUGUAAAGAGACUGUCUUUGAAGUGAAAAUAGUCUUUCCUUGUGGAUGUUUUCAUGUAAAGGGUAUGUGUGUGUCUGUGUGUGUGUUUUUAAGGGUGUUCGAGACCUGCUAAAAGCUGUACUGGAUAAAAUUCAAACCAUUCCUACCACAGUCAGCUCAGCAAUCGUCCAACAACUUCUGGCGGCGAGAGAGGUAUUUUACAGUCUUGCUUAUAAGCGCAGUUAUUUGUUGUUUUAUGGAGUAGUUAUUUAUUAGAUUUGGAAAAUGUAUUACUAUAAUUUUGCUUUUUAAUCGCAUCCCAGGUGGUUGAAUACAUCCUGGACAGAAAUGCGUGCCUCCUGCCGGCUUAUUUUGCCAUCAAUGAAAUCAGAAAGCUGUAUCCAGAAGGCCAGCUGUCACACUGGGUAAGUGUUGGUUUGGUUCAUGUUUGGAAAGUUCAGCUUCAUGCAGCUCAUAAAGAACUCUUCUCUCUUUUUUAUCCAUAGCUUCUCGGGAGUUUGAUAUCAGACUUUGUGGACAGUUUUAGACCGACAGCCAGAAUCAACUCUAUCUGUGGUAAGAGACUCAUGAACACACCCACAAUUCCUCAAGAUGAGCAGAAAAUUCCCCAAACCUGACAUGUAGAGCGGAACUGGGAAAAUCCCCACCAUCUCUCCUCAUUAUCAAAAAAGUGAUUUGAUUCAUGAAUCCUGAGAAAGCUCUUUUCUGUGCAGUAUUAAUAUUUUUGAAGCCUUUUAAGGCCCCACACUCCUAGAGCAUAGUUAAACAUCGGGGACAAGACUUCCUCUUCCCACGUUAUACAUUAUAAAUUCAUCAAGAGAGAAACCUGGACAUUUACAUGCCUCCACAUAUUCUAAAUCAACAGAACAAAACUCAAUCUUUGUGUACUUAUUCUCGCUUAUAAAAGUUAAUUUAUUACCAAUGGUUUAUAAAUCAGGUAUAGCUGUCGUCAUGCCAGAUCAUAAAAUAUUGCACACACUUGACGCUAGAGGCUGAUUUACAUGAUUUCAUGCUGUAGCAUCCACUUUGGACUUGCAUAAGCUGCCUCGCCUGCAUCUCCCCAGAAAUGUAACCACAUAUCAAAACAAUGCAGACCACAAGCCCUGUGAUUGGUCAGUUUGUAGCAUUAUAUCUCUGCGUUUACUAAAUUAAGUGCAUCACUUGUUUUUUCUUGUAUUUAUUUCUACUCUCCAUUUGCUUCACCAUAACUUAAGUAUAUUUAACAUAUUUUGUAAAUCAGACUCAACCAUCUAAAUCUAUAAAGCAAAGUCAUUAACAUAUAUAACCUUGUUUUAAAACUAAUCAGUGAACAUGUUACUUAUUUCAACACAUACAACAUGGAAAUUGUACAGGCUCUGGAUCUGCCAUAAACCCCGCCUUCCAGGAGUUAAAAUGCAAGAAAAUCUCUGUAAAACCAAACAAAUGAUUUCUGAAAGUCAAAAAACUUUCUUACUUUACCUCUCAAAUAUGUCACUGAGUGUAUAUGAUGAGUUCAGGCACGCUCCUUUCUAAAACCAUUCUGCUCAUCAGUGCAGAUGCUGUCCAAGUUCCAACUAUUCUGUAAGUCGGCUCGUCAAUAUAUCUAAAAACAAUCAAUACAGUGCACUUGAGGGGGCUACUGCUCCCAUAAUUCAGUGGUAUUCUGGGAUCAUUCUUGGAUGAUUUUUGGUACGGGUUUAAUAAUAGAUUUGUACCAUGUUGUUGGAAUUAUACCAUGAUCGAAACAUGUCCAGAAAAGAUUAUAGCUGUUGAAAAUUUUAUACGUGAUAUUGUUAUUGAUUUUUUUGCUUUGGCAGUAAUGGUUGUUUCUAGUUGGCCGGUAAAUCACCUUGAACUCCACACCCACAUGGAAGCUCAGAAGAUAGUGGUGUGAAAGAUGAGGCUUUGUUUUUUUUUCUCUUUUUGGACUCUUAUUUUUGUCAAACCUUCUUCCCUCACAGUUUGCCGAUCCUAAAGAAGUCUAUUACUUUUUGAAACCCAAAUAUAUAUUUUAAAAGGACAGAGAAUAAAAAUCUUAAGAGGAAAAAAGAGGUGCUGGUUGAAACAUGUGAAGACAAAAUGCAGCUUAUUUGAUUGCGGUAAUUCUUUUUUAAUCAUUUCAUGUGUGAAUUUGUGUCCACAGGACGGUGCAGCUUGUUACCAGUGGUUAAUAACAGCGGAGCCAUCUGCAACUCCUGGAAAUUAGACCCCACGACUCUCCGCUUCCCUCUGAAGGGGAUGCUGCCAUAUGACAAGGUAGCAUUGCUUUUAUCAGUAGUUUAAUAUGUUUCCACGUCAUUUGUUUGAAAAGAAAAGAAAUUAAAAGAAAUGAGGAAACACUGGAUUUAGGACUAAAACGAUAAAACCAUAAUGAAAUAUAAUAAAGGGGAUAAAGUUAAAUAAAUUAAACAGUCUUAAAAUCAAACAAUAAAAGAAAGUAAAUAAUGCAGAUUAAAAGAUUAAAACAAAAUUUAACUAAAAGCCAGACUAAAAAGGCAGGUCUUGAGUUUACUUUGAAAAAUAUGAACAGUAGAUGUCGCUCUCAGGUCUGCAGGUAGGCUGUUCCACAAAUGGGAACCAUAAUGUUGGAACGAUGAUUCACCAAAUGUUUUAGUUUUUACUUUGGGAACAAUUAAACAACCACUACCUGAAGACCUGAGGGCUCUACUAGGGUCAUAUGGUAAAAGCAAAUCAGAUAAAUAAGAAGGACCCAGACCGUUAAGAGCUUUAAAAACCUUAAUCAUGUAAACAGUAUUUUAAAUGUGCUGUUUCCAGUUUAGUGGCUUCUCUGUUCACGUUAUAUUAACAUGUCUGUUCUUUGUAUGCAGGACCUCUUUGAGCCACAGACCGGCCUGCUACGUUAUGUCUUAGAGCAGCCAUAUUCGAGAGAAAUGGUGUGCAACAUGUUAGGACUCAAUAAGCAGGUAUGAUCAUCUCUUUUUUCUUUCUGUCUUUGUUCCUCAGCUUCUGUUCCAGGCCCUUCACCUUCCCCCACUUCUCCUUUCCUAUUUAUCCUCCUCGUUGUUUUAUCUUUUGCCACCCUUCUUUCCCCUGCUCCUUCCUCUCCUCCUUUUGCCUCUUGCCUCCUCUCCCUGUCUGUUGUCUCUUUCCUUCCACGGUAAUCCCUUUUUACUUUUUGCCCCCUUCAUAAUUUUUUUUGUUAUUCAGUUGUUUCUCGAUUGUUUACGACUUUUUUUCUUCUGUUAAAUUUCCUAUUUCUCUUCCUCUCUGCCCCAAACAUCCUCCCCCUCCUUUGUUGCCCUGGUAACACAGCUAUAUAAGACCAUAUUGAUAGCAAGCCAAUGCUUUGAGCUUGACCCAUAAUGCACUGGUGUUAGUUUUCCCUGUUGGGUUCAUACAGUUUAAACUCAGCCCAGCUCACUGAGCACCACAGACACAGGUUGACCGGCUCUCAUCAGCCAGAGCUCUCAUUUGGAUAUGAAACGAAUUACCCAGAAUUCACUGGGUUGGCUGAGUUAAUGCUAACUGUGCUGAACUGACAGUGAACAACCUAGCUCCUUAGUCACCACUUUCUCUUUCUGUCUCUCCUUUUUUCCCCCCUCUGUUUCUUUCUCCCCCUUUCUUUGUUUCUCUCUUUUUUGUCCUCUGGUUGUGUUUUUAUUUUAUUUUCUCCCUGCCAUGCGCUCUCUAGACUCUGAACAUUGCCCAGGUAUGUCGUUGUUCCUCUUCUGGUCGCCUUACCUACCAACUAACUAGCCCAUUGGACACUUAGCUUUCUUUGGCACGCCGAUGUUGCAAAAAAAUUGGGAAAUGGACAUUUUUGAAAAAAAGGAGAGAAAAGUUGAGAUGGAAAGAAAAGCUGCAUGGCUUGAGAUGGUCACAGCAGGGCUUUGGAUCAGAAAAUAAAGAGGCUAAUAUGGCCGAAUGAUUAGUGGGCAGGCACACAUGUAAACACAUGAAACUAACUAACUAAAGUUCUUCUUAUUCUUAACUAUUGAAAGAUAAGCAGCAGCAGACUGAUCAAUGGUGUUCAUAGAAUAAUGCCAUAAUUUUUAUUUAUUUUUAUUUUUUUUGUGUGGUUAAAGGUGGGGUAGGCAGGAUCUGAGGAAGCGCCAGUUUUUGGGAGAAAUCUUGAAUGUAAACACUACCCCUCCCGACCAGUUUUCCCCUCAGCUCCUCCUCUCCCCUCCCUCUCUGCUCCAGAAAGCCCCACCCACAAACAGACCCUCCUGCUCGCUCGUAUUGUUCCAAUUAAAUUCAGAUAUAAUGCAGAUAAAUAUUUCAGAUAAUUACAAAUGGAGCCCAGUCAACGUGAGAGUAAAAAGCAUUGGUGCUACUGUAGAUACCAACAGACUACCAGCAAACACAAUGUUUAGUCUGGUCUAUCUCCUUUUUAAGUGCCCGUUAUUCCGCCAGAGUCACUGGUAUUAAGUUUGUUUUCUUGCUUGUGUUGGCAGUCGUGGCCAAAGGAGGAUUCAGACAAUUUUAUGUACUUUCUGGUUGGUUUCUACUGUCCGAUAUUGUAGCACGCUAACUUUGUUCGGGCUUGUGAACGACAGGGGGAAGCAGCGUCUGCCUCACAACCAAUCAGGUUGGGGGAGGUGGAGAAUUGCUUUUGUUUACAGUCAGAAAGAGCGGGCCGCUCAAAAAAUUUAAAAUGUUGACUACACAGACAUAACAAAACACAGCGAUAUCUUUAUAUUACCAAAUGUCAAUAACAACUAAUAGCUAUUAACUGAUAUUAAAAGCCAUGCCCCAAAAAAGAUGCUUCUUUACCGGAUUCCUGCCUACCCCACUUUUAACCCAGUCAGUUUGCUUCACCUGCCCACUUACCGCCAUUUUGAAAGCAGUAGUAUAAACGUAGCAGCAAUAAAAUGAGUCGAUUAAAGCCACAGUUUACCAUAAUUAUCAGUAGAUGUUCAGUAUCACUUAAAUACUUAAGAAAAAAUGAACAGGUUAUAUAUUAUCAGCUGAUCCCAAGAGAGAAAAUCUAUAGUAAGUAACCACUUAUGCUGAUAGAGAGCCAUUAAUGAGGAAUUUCUGUAAUUAGAAAAGCUGUAAUUAGCUUACGUAAUGUAUGUUAAAUAUAUCUGACCUUUUCCAUAUCAAGGUCAACACCCACUCUCCAUUUGUAAUUGAUGACGAGGUGUUUUCAACAGUUACAGAUUUGUGUCUCUGCAGUUCAUCAUGGAGUUAUUAUUCUCUAACACGCUAAUGUAAACCCUGCUGUUGUCAUUUCAAGUCCUGCAGCGCUGCAUGUAUGGAUGUAGUCAGGUCCUUGCAAGGUGUUAGCAAGGUCUCCUCAUUUUUUUUAUGACUCUAUUCUGCUCUCUGUUGGGCUGACCUGGGCAAAGCUACUCUUCUUCAGUUUUGUUAGGUUAAGCCAGCCAGUCGCUAAAGGACUUGUCAGGUGACCUCAAGCAGCCGAACUGAAACGGAAAACUGCUAAAGCCAGUCAGUUCUCUCAAGGAGAACAUAUCAAGAAGUCCAGAGAUCAGUCUCAUCAGUUAUUAGUAUUAUUAUUAUUAUUUAUUUGGCAUUGUUUGUUGAUGAAUCUUCAAAAUUUUCUGAAUGUCAUGUCUUCUGCUCACUUGUUACUGUCAAUCACAAGCAACUUUUGCUGUUUAUAAAUUCAUAUAAAAAAAAAUUGAUGAAGCUCUGCUCAUUUCCCUUUUUUUAUACCCUGUAAAAAGUAAUGCAUUCCUCUACCAAUAAUAUCUCUUCUCCAGGUCACAGAUGAAGAGACAAUUCUAUCAUUACAAAGUCAUGGGGUUGCACUUCCUGUUUCUUUAACUUACCUGUGCACAGAUAUCUUUGACAGUAGAAGACAUGGCAACAUUUGACCUCAAGCUGAUUUAUUUUUGGUGUUUAUUUGUUCACUGAUCAGUGUUUUGCCUGGGUCAGCAGAUGAGUGAUUCUGAUUGGCUGUCUGCCUGUGAACUCUGACCCGUGUUGUGUGUUGUUCUUUAGCUUGGGUUGUUGACUCCUUGUUUUUUUUUCUCUAUCUCGAUUGAUUAAUGGUACUGAUCUUCAUUACAAACUACAUGUAUUUAUUUUUCAAGCUUGAGUGUCGAGGACCUAAAUUUGACGCACAUUUGUCACAACCAAGUCCUACGAGUUAGUAUCGAUUUGGAUAUAACAUUAGCCGCGUUUACAUGGGCACAAAUAAUCGGAAAAAAUGCACAAUCGGGAAUAAAAAUGCGCCAUGUAAACAUGUCGAUCAGAAGAGUCUGCGUCUAAUCAGGAAAUUUGGCAACAGUUAUUAACAUUUCUUUGAAGUUAGGAUCACAGAAUUCUAACUUCAAAAGAAAUGUGAACCUAACUUCAAAGAAAUGUUGACAACUGUUGCCAAACUUCAGAGAGCUGUGAUGCUAAAUGAGAACAGGGGCCACAAGUAGGGAAAUUUUAACCACAUGAAACAGGGACUCUAGUAGUGGAACUGCAGAAGAGUUCAGUCAACACAUCUGAUUCCUGAUCUCUGCAGUUUUUUCUUGAAACAACGUUAAAAGGUUAAUGUGCGACUCCAAAUGGCGUCCAGUCUCUCAGAGUAUUUUUACAGGCUCAUGUAGAUUUUCCUCAACCGGCCAAUCAGCAUCAAACAAGAACAACCACAGGUGGAAAGUGAAGGUUGCCCCAUCACGAAAUCUAGUCUUCCACCUCAUGGAUGGCGUCUGUAGCCGAUGUGUUGAGAUUGAUUGACCCGCCGCUCUGCAGUGUUCACAUUACCUGGUGAUUUCUCCAUAACUCUCUUUUGUAAAAAGAAAAAGAGUAAAAUAAGUACGCAGGGGCGCCAUCUAGUGAUAGCAGGGGCAAACUCCUGAAUUGGAUGGAGUGAGGCGUAAAUACAACUCUUCUUCUGCGGUUGUUUUAGCGAAAUCAGACAACUCUGCGCAUGUCCCAAUGCUUCUAAUCUGAAUAAAACUUGGUGCACGUAUACACACGUCAUGACCGGAUUAUUUGAUUUAAACAGUGGAUUUAGAUUAUUCAAACCCUCAAAUUUUUAAUCGGAUCAAGAAAUUUUGCCCAUGUAAAUGCAGCUAUUGAUUGUACAGACACUGCUGAUCAGUGGUUUGUUUCAUAAUAGCAGUUCUAACUUCUUUAUUGAGUGUUGCAGUUGAGAAAUUAUGUCUGUUAUGAAAAGCUUGAUUAAAUACAUUUCUGUUAAAUUAACACAGAUGUUUUAAGAUUAGUUUGUCUGCAUAAAUGCAUUGGGCAACAUUAUGCUGUUCAAUACUUUAGUUUUUUUUAUGUUCUUUUUGUAAGAUCGGAUGGCUACUGUGAAUAUCAAGCAAUAGUCAAGGCAAGUCUCCUCAUGGAUUUCUGCUCUUGAAGAUGUAGAAAUGCAGGAUUAGGUUGCAGUCUGUGUAAUGUUUCAUUUGAAGAGGGACAAUUCAGGUUUGAUCCCCUCGAAUAUCUUCAAAAUGUUCUUGCUCUGCAUUUGAAAGUGUUGUAAAGUUAACUUUGUCUGCAGUUUAAAUGGAUCGUAGGCAGCCAGUCAAGUGUUUUUUCCUUUUUUCAGUUUAUACAACAUUUGCGAUAGGAUGUUACUCUAAAAAAAUUGGGCUGAUCUUCAGAUACACAAUACCAGAGACAAUGCCUGUGGAUCCUUCUCUUCCCCUCCUUCUUUCUGUUUUAUUUUCCUCCACUUUCUGCCUCUGUGAGAGUGACCGAGCAUGUGUGUGUGAGCAUGUGCGGUGUAUGCGGGUGUGCAUGUUUUGAGGCAGAGGAAGAGAAGCGGCAGUCGGCACCUCGUUGCUCCUCUUCCUCUUCCCGACCACGACAAACCUCCCCACCUCCUCAAACCCGUUUGCCUGCAUGCAGGAUGACAUCGCACCGUUUGGUUUGAUCGAGUGUUCAGUUCUACGCUGUUGUGCUGUUCUGUCUUAAUGUGUUGUGCUGUGUGUGUAUUGUGUUGAAAAGCUCUGUGAAGUUGAACAGUGGUAGAUCCCCACUCCCUCUGCUCUGUCACUAGUGGGUGGGGUUGAGUUUCCCACCUUGGUUGUAAAAAAAGUCUGAUUUUUAUGUUUCCGGUACUUCCAAAAAAAAAAAAAAGGACCUGUGACAGAAAUUGGAGUCAAAAUUCAGUCAUUCUCACUUUGAUCGUGUCUUGUCUACAUCCAUAAAUCCUCUGUCUCUCUGUGCUCCCUCUCAGCCGCUUUUCCCACUCUGUCUUUAUCCCCCUCCCUCCCUCCCUCUAUCCUGCCUUCUUUUUUCCUCCCUCCUUGUCCAGCCUUCUUACCGUUCCUCCAUUAUAUGAUUGUAACACCUCUGCUGAACUUAUUUUAUUUACUCUAACAAUAUUAACAAUGACGAUAUAAUUUGAUUGAUUUACUAUCAUUUCAUAAUCACUAAGGAGUAUGCACAUUUAUCGCCGUUUCUGUUUCCGUGCCGGUGUAAGCCAGUCAGAGUCAGAGGCAGGAAGGAGAUGCUGCCCUGCAUGUGAGAGAUGGGAGGAAGUUUUGAUUGUUGUGUCUAUGUGAGUGCAUAAUAACAUAAAAAUGUGUAUGUGGAGUCAUUUAAUGAUCAUCUUUCCCGCACUCUCUCUCUCCCUCCUCCCGUCUGUCUGUCUGUCUGUCUCCCCUCUCUCUUCCAAUAUUUCCUUCAACCCUCUUUUUUCCGUCCUUAACCACUUUCCCUCCCUUUUCUCUGUUGAACUUCUCUCCUCCUGCCCGUUCCCUCCUUUUGUCCUUUAACACUCCCCUCCUCCUCCUCCUCCUGCCAGCAAAAGCAGCGCUGCCCGGUCCUCGAGGAGCAGCUGGUGGACCUCGUGGUGUACGCCAUGGAGCGCUCCGAGACCGAGGAACACUUUGACGCUGAUAUCGGAGGAACAAGCCAGCUGCUGUGGCAGCACCUCUCCUCCCAGCUUAUAUUCUUUGUGUUGUUUCAGUUUGCGAGCUUCCCACACAUGGUGCUCUCUUUACAUCAAAAGGUAAUAAGGAAGGACGGAGCUAACAAGACGAAUUAUCACGGACAUCUGUGUUAUAUUAUAUUAAAUAUUCAAGCACAUAUGUGUAGACAGGACUGAAUCAGACUUUAUAGGAAGAAAAAAACUAACAGACAUAUUUAUUUUUAUGUCUGUUUUCUUUUUUAUCCUAUCAUUGAGAACAAAACCCAGUAAAAAAAAAAACUGAGUAUCUGUUAACAGGGUUCCUACACAAGUGUGAAAAGUAUGGAAAUAAAUUUGAUCAAUUUCCAGGUCUUAAAAACUAUGGAAAAUGAAAAAUAAAGUAUGGAAAAAUAUUUAUGUUUCCAGACUAUUACCACAGUUCUAAAAUACUGUUUUCUAAAAUAGAAAAGUAGGUAUUUCCCAAAAUAAUUCUAAAAAAUAGGGUAUGGAAAAGUAUGGAAAUUCCAACUGUGUCAGAAUCUUGUAUUAAACAAGCUUGCAGCAUAUUUAAGUAUAUCAUUUUGAAUUAGUGGUAUUUAAAUGAGGCCACAAAUCCAUGUCAGAAAGACGUAAAAAACAAGGGUUAGAGUAAUAUGCUGAUCAAAAAUCAUAUGCUGGGAUCCAUGUAAGGAAUAACUCUUAGUCUCUGGGAAAUGCAGGUAUAACUAAGUCAGAUAAAAGACAUAGAUGAUGUAGUAGAAUCCAAGAAUUUUUAAAAAUACUUUAAAUAUAAUAAUGAUAUGUGAUCAGUUGAUACAUGUUGCUGAGUGUUUAUUCAUCUCUCUUCCUUUCUCUCUCUCCAAAGCUUGCAGGCAGAGGUCUCAUCAAAGGCAGAGACCACCUGAUGUGGGUCUUGUUGCAGUUCAUAUCGGGAAGCAUUCAGAAGAACGCCUUAGCCGACUUUCUUCCCGUCAUGAAGCUCUUUGACCUGCUGUACCCAGAAAAAGAGGUUCACAUUUAAACCUUCAUUUUUACAACCUUAAUUACAAAUAAGUUGGGACACUGUGUGAGAUGUUGAAAAAUGUCAGACCUGAUGCUUUGCAUGUAGAUUAAACUCUAUAUUGAAUUCAAGAUAGUGCAAAGAUAUGUGCUGAAACUAAGAGAUUUUAAAGUGUCAUGAAAAUUAAAUCAAAUUCGGUGGUAGCAACAGGUUUAAAAAAUAUUAGGACAGUGACAAAACAACACUAAAAAAGUUUAAUAAUGCUAAAAACACACACCGAGAAGAACAUGAACCUUCAAAUUAAGGUAAUCUGUAAUAGGUUAGUCACAUGACCGGGAAUAAAAAGGAUUUUUUUUUUUAAUGUCUGGGCCUCUCAUCGAAUUUCCACUCAAGGAUAAACAAAGUUCUUCUUAUCUUAUUUUAUCAGAGGUAAAAAUCAGAAGAGGUUCACCACUUUGUGAGAGUCUACAUAGGUAAAUAUGUAUAGUCGAUUACAGGAUGAAGUCCUCGGUGUAAAAAUGCAAAAUCGGGGGAAAUUUUUUAUCUACAAAACCCAAAAAAAAACAUUUAGAAAAGGUGAAGAAAUCUCUGUAUUAAAGGGACAAGGUCAGCAGUGCUUUAAAACAGACAAGACUCUGUAGUGGAAAUCACUGCAUGAGCUUAAAACCACAUCCAACAUCCAACACAGAUCACCACCUCUCUGCAAAUGAGGAGAUCGACCAUCUAGCUUGUCAUCACAGUGCAGUUGUUGGAGUUUUUCACUAUUUUUGUUUCUAAUAUUAGUUGAUUUAUUUUUGGUUUUAGUGAGAGUUUCAGAGGUAAAGGUGCUAAUGCAUUAAAAACAACUCAUCUGAUCGUAUGACAAUGUAUGACAUACUCGGUUUUCCUUCCCACUUCAGUGUAUUCCAGUUCCUGACAUUAACAAACCUCAGUCCACUCAUUCAUUCGCCAUGACCUGCAUCUGGAUCCACCUGAACCGCAAAGCUCAUAAUGACAACUCCAAACUGCAGAUACCCAUACCACACUCCCUGAAACUGCACCACGAGUAUGUAUAUUUAAGAAACACUAUCCACUUUAAAGUCAUUCAAAGGCAUUACUCUGUCCUUGAUUUAGUACAAUAUCCUUCUUCUUCUCUCAGGUUUCUCCAGCAGUCCCUGCGUAAUAAGACUCUGGGCAUGUCCGACUACAAGAUCGCUCUGCUCUGUAACGCCUACAGCACCAACUCUGAGUGCUUCACUCUUCCAAUGGGCGUCCUGGUGGAGACCAUCUACGGAAACGGAUCGAUGAGGAUCAACCUACCUGGCACCAACUCCACCGCGUCAGGAUCUGUGACUCCGUUGCCCAUGAACCUGCUGGAUUCACUCACAGUGCACGCGAAGAUGAGGUGAGGGACAAAAAAAGAUGUGCAGAGGAAUAAAUAUUAAGAGGAAGAGAAUUAUACCAAGCUCUGAAGCUGACUUUACACCUGUGAAUUUCACAGUCUUUAAUGAGUAGGGCAGGAGAAAAGAGGGCCAAACUUACAAAGAUUCACCUCAAAAAAGUGUUGUUUAUUGAUUAUUUCUAUCUAAUAAAGUGAAAAUCAGUUUACAUAAAUAUCAACCAUUGGCUUUUUAAACAGAGGCUUUCAUACUCAAGCAAACUGGAACAUAAAUAUACAGUUUCAGUAAAUAUAGGUUUUAUUUGGACAGAUAAAAUGAGGAAACUAAGUGUUAACAAUAAUUAUUCAUCGGUCAGCAGGAAGUAGAUAUUGUUGUCGCACUCAGUGACUACCAUCCCACUAUAACUGUGAAGUUUGUGACAGCUCUUGAAAGAUUUCAGUCAGCUAUGACUACUUUGUGUUUUGCAAACCACCAUAUGUUUCUCUAUUCGCUUGGUUUAAAGCCAAAAAGCUUCAAACAGAAGGAAACCCGUAAUGAUUCACAAAGAUCUCUAAAUAGAUUUCAGGUCGAAGAAAAGUUGGUCUGCAGAAUAAACUGAGUGUCUGUGUUCUUCCACGUCCCUGUCUGUUUGCCUGCUCGCCUUCAGUCUGAUUCACAGUAUCGCCACGCGGGUUAUAAAGCUGGCCAGCACCAAAUCCACCUUGGCUUUGGCGCCUGCGCUGGUAGAAACCUACAGCAGACUGUUGGUCUACAUGGAGAUCGAGUCACUGGGCAUCAAAGGAUUCAUCAGUGAGUCAGAGACUAAGCGCUUACUCUGUGUGCUCAGUAUUCCUCAUGAUGUAAAGCUAUUUUCGUCAUCAUCAUCAUAUUACUCCUGCGUAUUUGUUUGACAUCAGUUUGUCUGACGAGCCGAGUAAAGCGUCUCUGUCUCUGUGUCUGUUCAGGCCAGCUGUUGCCCAACGUGUUCAAGUCUCACGCGUGGGGAAUCCUUCACACCUUACUGGAGAUGUUCAGCCACAGGAUGCACCACAUCCAGCCGCACUACAGAGUCCAGCUGCUGAGUCAUCUGCACAGCCUGGCUGCUGUACCCCAGACCAACCAGAACCAGCUCCACCUGUGGUAAAAUUAACGCACAUAAUUACACAUUGUAUAUUCAACACAGUCACUACUAGAUUACUGAGAAAAAAAAAAGUCAAACCUCAGGUAUUACCGCAAUGUCUUUGUUAUAAACAUUUAAACAUAGACGUAUGAGCCAUAACUUGAUUUGAAGGGUAAUGCUCCUCCAGGUCACUAGGGGGCAGCCAAGAGUGAUUUUGGUGGCAGCUGAGACUUGCCACAGGCGUUUUGAGUUUAUUGCACGUUGUGUCAAUGUUGCUGCUGGGAAAGCAAACAGUUUUUGACCGUGCUCUGAUUUACAAUGACAGUUUUUUAUUUAAGGUUUAUGUUUAUAAUUGUUAACCUCUGCUUAAUGGAAGUGAUAAACAAUACAAAACUGCAGUAAGAGAAUCAAACGCAUCAUAACUGUAAAAGGACCAGACUAAGUUAUCUUCAUUGAGUAAACUUAUUGUUUAUUGUUGCUCAUUUCAGUUGUUCUAUUUUAUCAUUACUAUCAUGAUAACUUUAUUAUUUUAUUAUUUAUUUUAUCAUUUCUGUUGUUCUAUUUCAUUUUUACUUUAUUUAUUUAUAUUUAUUUUAUCAUUUCUGUUCUAUUUUAUCAUAACUAUAAUUAUCAUAAUGACUUUGUUAUUAUUUUAUUAUUUAUUUUAUAAUUUCUGUUGUUCUAUUUUAUCAUUACUAUUAUUAUCAUUAUUACUUUGUUAUUAUUUUAUUAUCAUUAUUAUUUUGUCAUUUAAAUUUACUAUCCUGUUUUCUGCUUUCAUCCCCCCUUUUAAUUGCAUUUCAUUUUCCUUACCUAUUUUAUGUUUUUAUUUUGGUCCUCAUGAUCUCAUUUUAUGUUGCAGGGUUCUUGUAUUGUUUGGGUUUCUUAUAAUGUAUGAAAAUGGCCUUCAAUUCCAUUUUAACUGAGCUUUUUGUUUUUAUCUGUCUUUAUUUCCAUUUGCUUUUCGACUAUUUGUCAAAGCACUCUGUAAACUUCUGUUUUCAAAAUUGCUAUAAAAAUAAAAUUAUUAUCAUUAUUAUUAUUGCUACACAUUCAAACAAUAGGCCCAUUAGAAGCCAGUAUAAGACUUGUCACUAAAAUAGAUAUUUUCAACAAAUAUAAUAAAAAUACCAUAACCAGAAUCAGCACCUCACACACAUUAUCAUGGUUUGCUUCUUCUUCUUUUCUCUUUCAUCAGUGUGGAAAGCACAGCUCUGCGGUUGAUCACAGCUUUGGGGAGCUCAGAGGUGCAGCCCCAGUUCACCCGCUUCCUCAGUGACCCGAAGACGGUUCUGUCGGCUGAGUCUGAAGAGCUGAACCGUGCACUGAUCCUCACCCUCGCCAGAGCCACACACGUCACCGGUAAAAUGAUCAAGAUUGAUCUUUGUCGAUUUCGUUAUGCUCUCUGUCCUUCUUUGCUACUAUCUGUCAUGUUUUCUCUGUCUUUAUUAUGAUGUUUACUUGUAUGUAUUUUUUAGAUUUUUUCACAGGAUCUGACUCCAUCCACGGUACCUGGUGUAAAGAAAUCCUCCAGACCAUCAUGAACUUCACCCCUCAUAACUGGGCCUUACACACACUGUCCUGCUUCCCCGCCCCCCUACAGGUGUAUUCAAGCUUCAAAUAGCUGAGCGAAACUUUAUUGGUUCUCUUGUACUCGUAAUAACUUCAGUCUCUCUUUCACUCUCAGGCGUUCUUCAGGCAGAACAACGUUCCUCAGGAGUCUCGUUUCAACCUGAAGAAGAACGUGGAAGAGGAGUACAGGAAGUGGAAGUCCAUGACCAAUGAGAACGACAUCAUUACACACUUCUCCAUGCAGGGCUCUCCCCCACUCUUCCUCUGUCUGCUGUGGAAAAUGCUCCUGGAGACAGACCACAUCAACCAAAUCGGCUUCAGGUUUGCUGCUUUGUUUUCUUUACAGAUUAACUUUUAAAGAGUUUACACAUGAAUCAGCUUUAUUUACCGAACUCUGUGCAUAACAACAGCAGAUAGGACCAUUAAAGGAAUAUUCCGGUGUAAAAUUAAGUUAGACCGCUUACUUCUCUAGUUUUACCAACUUUAGUAACAACUGCACAAUAGCAACAAAAACACCACUCUAUAGCCACCAAUAAUGCUCAGAACAGCACCUAACUUCAUCAACAGUACAUAUAGGGUCCUAGCCAUAGCACUAACCAUCAAACAUCUUCUUAGCUUUGCCUGAUUUCUUUAGAAAAGAGACUAAACACAACUCACCUACUCUCUUCCAGCAGCCACUUGUUAGUAGCAAGACCUCAGGCGAGUCCAUCGACCGUCUGUGGGGUGACGCAGCUCAAGGAAGAACAUUUAUGAUUCAUAUGAUGAUUGAUACUUCAAGGAAAUGAUAAAGUAAUGAUCAUAAAUGUUCUUCCUUGAGCUGCGAAACUCCGCAGCAUUCCAUGAACAACACCUGAACUUACCUGAUCCACUGCAGAGUCUUUGAACGAUAAUAAGAGGGAUAACUAAUAUCUCGGUUUUGCGUCCUUCAGGGUCCUGGACCGCAUUGGAGCUCGUGCGCUUGUGGCUCAUGUGCGCACGUUUGCAGACUUCCUGGUCUACGAAUUCUCCACAUCUGCAGGUGGACCUCAGCUCAACAAGAACAUUGAAAUGCUGAACGACAUGGUCUGGAAACACAACAUAGUCACCCUGGACAGACUCAUCUUGUGCCUGGUGAGUAGGAAGUUUCCACAUCACUAAGGUGUCAGCCAUUCAUGAAGUCCGUGCCUCUGAGUUUCCUCCUCCUCCUCCUCCUCUCUAGGCGAUGCGCAGCCACGAGAACAACGAGGCCCAGGUUUGUUAUUUCAUCAUCCAGCUGCUGCUGCUGAAACCAAACGACUUCAGAAACAGAGUGAACGAUUUUGUGAAGGAGAACGCACCUGAGCACUGGCUGCAGAGUGACUGGCACAACAAGCACAUGAGCUACCACAAGGUACACAGUCUGUCUGAAACAGUGAAGCAAAAAGAAAAAAACACAAGUCUGAAGACCGUCUUCUUUUGAUUUUAAUGAUUAUCAUCCUGUUACCAGAAAUACCCAGAGAAGCUGUACUUUGAAGGACUCGCAGACCAAGUUAACCCUCCCAUGCAGCUCCAGCCUCAGUACCUGCCCAUCUACUUUGGGAAUGUGUGCCUUCGAUUCCUGCCCGUCUUUGACAUCGUCAUCCACCGCUUCCUGGAGCUCAUCCCCGUCUCCAAGUCUCUGGAGACGCUGCUGGACCACCUGGGAGGGCUGUACAAGUUCCACGGUGAGUGAGGUCGCCUCGGGAUGAGAUCACGUGGAGUAGAGAAAGAAAUUCUAGUAAGUGCAUGGAUGAAAGGAGCGUGUGAAUGUGAUGUUUGUUCAACAAUCAGAAAAUUUACAUGACACUGGAGAAAACUGAAUUAUUGAUUUACUUGGAUUAUGCCGCCGUAAUUCUGGAACAAAAACACCAGAGAAGAGUGGAAUAGCGUGCACCUCAUCUGCAGAAAAACUAGCGCGUACAUCAUCUACGACAAAAACAACGAUGUACUAUGCUCCAUCUUCUUGCUUGAAAAUUCCCAGCAGCAGUUGUUGCCACUUCUGACGUCUGGCAUGGACCUGCUGUUGUUGUUGACAGUUGUACAGGGUCGGAAAAAGCACAGCUGACAAGACCCAUAUCGCCCCCUAGUUUUGGGGAGGAGGACACGUUCACGACUAUAAUUCAAUUUUCUCAGCUGCAUGUAAACGCGGACAAGGAGAGAAGUCCGACUUGGCGAAAAAACGAAUUACGAGCUUAGUCCGAUUAUCUGUGCAUGUAAACUCACAGACUAAUUGAUGUGUUCUUUUGCAGAUCGCCCAGUCACCUACCUCUACAACACCCUUCACUAUUAUGAGCGACACCUGAGAGACAGAACCAACCUGAAGAGGAAACUGGUCCAUGUGAUCAUGUCUGCACUGAAGGUGAGCAAAGGAAAGGAUUGUUCAUGAAAACCUGUUGUUCUUUGUCUCUCUCUUUUUCUUCGUAGAAUCUUCCAACAUUUAAUGAAUUUGUUUUAUAGGACAACCGCACACCGGGUUGGUGCCUCAGCGAGACCUACCUGAAGUUUGGCAUGAACCCCAGAGAGGACAAUGUGUGGCUCCCUGAUGACACAUACUACUGCAAGCUCAUUGGACGUCUGGUGGACAAUAUCCUUCCUUUAUGUUCUCUCUGUCAGCAGACAGGUUUAUCACUGAUCUCUAACUGACCCUUAUACUCGCUCAUGAAAAGAUGUGGGCCUCUUGGGAGCCUACAAUAUAAUUACCUCACUGCCAAUCUGCUGCUCUACAUCUACAAGUCUUUGCUGCAAAGGCGGAUUACGAUUGAUUUUCCAUAAGUCAGACUCAUUUAUUUAAUCUAAGAUGAUUAUUUCUCAGCAAGUGUUACUUUUACAGCAGAGAAGUGUUCAUAAAACAUCGAGAUAAAAGUCUUCCUUAAUUGACUCUCCUUCACCUAUGGCUGGCAAGUCCCCCGGUCCUUUCCCCAACUGUGACUGGAGGUUCAAUGAGUUCCCCAACCCAGCAGCUCACGCCCUGCACGUCACCUGUGUGGAGCUCAUGGCUUUGGCUGUGCCCGGGAAAGAUGUGGGCAACGCUCUGCUCAACGUCGUGUUGAAGAGGUCAGAACAAAAAAAGAGAGUAAAAGUUUGCUUGUCGUACGAUUAUUUUGAACAUUUAGCAUUUUCUAAGUUUGUCUAAUGUUCAGGUGUAUAUAUUUGGAUGAUUUUUCUGCGAAAUAGGGUAAGGGCCACACGAAGAGAGAAAAAAAUUACAGGAAGGAGAUUAAAGUUGUAAUUUGUGAAUAAUAUUAAAAUUUCAAAAUGAAAAAAAGAAAUUUAUGUCAAAAAAGUCGAAAUGUCCAGAUUAAAAAUUGAAAAAAUUGAAAGAUUUUGACUUCGAGAUCAAAGUCAAAAUUUUGAGAUUACGAAACGUUGUGAUUAAUGUCGAAAUUUCAAGAUCAAAAAAGUUAACAUUUUGAUAUUGAAGUCAAAAUUUCAAAGAUAACAAAAUGUCAUGAAUAAUGUCGAAAUUUUAAGACUAAAAAAACUUAAAUUUUGACAUUAAAGUUAAAAUUUCAAGAUCAUGAAAUGUUCUGAAUAAUGUCAAAAUUUCAAGAAUAAUAAAGUUAAAAUUUUGACAUUAAAGUCAAAAAUUCAAGAUUACAAAAUGUUGUGAAUAAUGUCAAAAUUUCAGGACUAAAAAUGUAAAAUUUUAACAUUCAUGUCAAAAUUUCAUGAUCACGAAACAAAAAAUUUCAAGAUCAUGAAAUGUCGUGAAUAAUGUCGAAAUUUCAAGAUCAAAAGAAUUAAAAUUGUGACAUUAAAGUUAAAAUUUCCGGACUACAAAAUGUGAAUAAUGUCGAAAUUUAAAGUUAAAAAAAUUGAAAUUUUAACAUUAGAGUCGACAUGAAUGAGGUUGAUUUCGGCUUUUUAAAAUUUUGACUUUAAUCUCAAAAUUCUGACUUUAAUCUCGAAAUGGAAAUUAAAAAAAUCUCCCUCAUGUAGUUAUUUUAUUCUCUUCUCUUUUAUAGUUUUCUAGUGAUAUGUGGGAUUGAUGUGAAUUAUUAAUGAGUCAGAUUCAUUCUUUACUUUGCAGCCAACCUCUGGUACCCCGAGAGAACAUCACAGCCUGGAUGAAUGCCAUUGGACUUGUGAUAACUGCUCUUCCUGUAAGUAAGAAAAAAACAAAUCACAGCUGUUUACUUUUUCAUGAAUUCUCAGUAUGUUUUUUUUUCCCUUCCAUUUCCUCUCUUUCAGGAGCCCUACUGGAUCGUCCUCCAUGACCGCAUCGUCUCGGUUAUCAGCUCCCCAGCGCUGACAUCAGAGACUGAGUGGGUGGGUUACCCCUUCGCCCUGCUCGACUUCACAGCGUGUCACCAGAGCUACAGUGAAAUGAACUGCAGUUACGUGCUCGCGCUAGCACAUGCUGUGUGGCAUCACUCAUCCAUCGGACAGCUGUCUCUCAUUCCCAAGUGAGGAAGUCUAAACUCUGUUUUUCUACUCAGUUCAGUAAAUCUUUGAUAAAUUGAUAUUCACUGUUUGUGUGUGUGUGUGUGUCUGUGUGCAGAUUCCUGUCAGAGACGUUGAAACCUGUCGUUCAAACUGAGUUCCAGCUGCUCUACGUGUAUCACCUGGUCGGGCCGUUCCUGCAGCGCUUCCAGCAAGAGAGGACACGAUGCAUGUUGGAGGUACAGGCCUCAGAAAACCAUUCUUUUACACUUAUCACAGUUUAUCAUGAUACUAUAUUAAAAAUGACAGUGACACAAAAAAUAAAAAUCCUAGCUUAUCAGGCAUCUAUUUAACAGCCUGGCCAUCUUACAGGAUUCAUGAAAUAACAUUAGAUUUAUAUAUUAUCAUCUAAAAGCAAUGAAGUGAUUUACGAAUGAGUAUGUGUUAUCUUAGAUUCAAUUCCACUAAUUAUCAUCACACUCUUUCCCCUCAUUUUAUUUAAAAAAAAUGAAAAAAACCAGCCUGAAAUUUGAGAGAAACUGAAUGAUGUACCAUGUAAUUCAAAAUUUCUUUAAACUUUAAGUUUUGCAUCAAGUUUAUAUGAAGCUUUUGUUGGUUUGUUGCAGAUCGGUGUUGCUUUCUAUGAGAUGCUCCAGGCCGUGGACCAACACUGCCAACACCUCAGCUACAUGGACCCGAUCUGUGACUUCCUCUACCACAUCAAAUACAUGUACACUGGAGACAGCGUGAAGGAUCAGGUGAGGUUAAAUGUUAGUUUAAUAAACUAUGACCAAAUAGAUUUUUGAUUGGGCAUCUGUGUUAAUACAUGCAGCCAUAUUAUGACAACAGUGUCAACAAAUAAUGAAUAACAAUAUAAAGAAGUUGACUUGCAGGCAGGAGAUCCCUUAACUGAACUUUUCACAGUGAAGCAGGACAAAAAAGGGUUUGAAAAAAUCAGUGUUACCAAUGUAUUCUUUCCAAGUGAGUGUGUGCGGUCCAUCUGUGCAACAGCAUUUCUAAACCACAAUAAACAGCAACCGUACAAUAUCAAGCUGAAGGAGACUAAAAGUGACGACAAGCGGAGACCUUCGUGACCCAGCCUUCAAGUGAGAUGACAUCUGCGGACCCACAGCUCCUCAGGAGACAGUUUUUAUUUUUCCAGUUUCCAUUUUUAGUCUGAAUCUGUCACCCCCUCCUGCAUGCCGAGAAGACUCUCCCCUCCAGUCUCCAGAGCUGACACCAGAGUUAAUUAGAGGAGAUGAAGCUGAAGCUCCACUUUACACUUGAGGCUACUCUAGUGUACUUACAUAUAAGUCAUUAAGUCAUUAAUUUGAUUGAAAGGAGAGCAUUGUCUGUCAUAUUAAUUGUGGAUACAAGAGAUGUUACGUAAAUAAAAGCAAACCAUGUGGACAGAGUUUUUACACUGUGCUAUAUUUACAUUCCUACCUCAGAACCCUAAACUACUCAGCACAGAAUUAUGUCUGAUUCUGGACUUUUCAGGACACUGUUUCUGCUUCUUCAGUCUCUGUAUUUUUGUCUUUUUUAUUUCUUCAGGUGGAGAAAAUCAUCAUGACUCUGCGCCCGGCUAUGAAGCUGCGUCUGCGCUUUAUUACUCACAGCAGCAUGAUAGAGACUUCAUCAUCUGCUGCCACCUCCGCUGCAGCUGCAGCCGCAGCCGCAGCUGCCGCUUCCUCCGCCACAGCUUCCUCCUCCUCCUCCACCCCUCAGCCCACCACCUCCUCGCUGUCAGCGCCGUCUGCCGCCGCUUCGCCUUCCUCCGCUCAGCACGCACACACCCCCAUGUAAUAAUAAAGGUGGACUUGAGAAAUGGACUUUCACCACAGACUCAAUUGUUUGAAGUUUUUUUAAACAUUUUUUGGGAGUUUUUCUCUCUUUGGCUCGGAUUUUUCUCAAAGUAGGACAAGUUGUUUUGUUCUCACAAAACAAGAAACCUUGGAGAGCUGACCACAUUCCCAAACAGGAUUUUAGUUCGGAAGUGUGUAAAAACUCAACUUUCAAAUUCUCAGCUUGUCCUGAACUGAAAAAACAGGCUGAUUUUGCUGUGAGGCUCUAAAACCUGAAACACACCGCUCAGAGGAAGUGUUUGUAGAAAAAAAAAGGGUCUUUCAAGGGAAAAACAGACCUAUAUAUAACUGUUCAUUAGCACUGUCUCCAUUCAGAAAGGUCAGAAAGACAACAAUUCUGCGUAGUAUCAUAGUAUGUUUUUUUUAUUUCGCUGUUUGUACUCACUUUGAAUACUGUACAUUGUAUUACUUCAUUAAAAAAAGAUUUUGGUAAUCUGG